AUUGUCUAACUUAUUACCGUUCAUUUCACGUGUAGAGAAAAUUCUGUCUGUUAAAUUUGCAGUUUGUUGAAUUAAAAUGCAACACGACGAUGUUAUAUGGAGUAUUAUAAAUGGCACGUUCUGCUCUUUUAAAGUAAGAACAAAAUCUCAGAAAUUCUGCCGGAAUGAGUACAAUUUAACAGGACUCUGCAACAGAGCUUCUUGCCCCCUGGCAAACAGUCAGUAUGCCACAGUCAGAGAGGAAAAAGGUGUAUGCUACCUAUACAUGAAAACAGUAGAACGAGCAGCUUUCCCUAGUAGGAUGUGGGAAAAGGUGAAAUUGUCGCGCAGCUAUGAAAAAGCUCUGCAGCAGAUCAACGAACAUCUCAUCUAUUGGCCCAAAUUCAUCAAACACAAAUGUAAACAGAGAUUUACAAAAAUUACACAGUAUUUGAUUCGAAUCAGGAGGCUUGUUCUAAAAAGAAGAAAAAAAUUGGUUCCUUUAAGUAGAAAGAUUGAAAAAAGAGAGCGACGAAAAGAGGAAAAAGCUCUGAUUGCAGCAAAAAUAGAUACAGCAAUAGAGAAAGAACUUCUGGAAAGACUCAAAUCAGGAACAUAUGGAGAGAUUUACAACUUCCCCUCUCAUGCAUUUGACAAAGUGAUGGAUGAGGAAGUGGAAGAAGAAUCAGAGUCCGAGAAAGAAGGAGAAGAGGAGGAAGAUGAUGAAGAAGAGGAGGAGGAGGAGGAGGAGGAGGGUGAAGUGGAAUAUGUGGCCGAGGAAGACUUUGAGGAGAGUGACAUGUCAGAUUUAGAGGAUAUGGAUAGGCUGCAGGGAGAUGACAGUGAUGAAGAAAGUGAAAGUAGUAGUGAAAGUAGCUCCGAUGACCAGGAUGUGAAGAAAGGAAAGAAACUGAAAGCAAGGAGGAAACGCCCGCGAGUGGAAAUCGAAUACGAACAAGAAGUAGAUCAACCAUCGACCUCCAAAAUGAGAGCAAAAACUUGAUACAUGUACAUUACUCUAAACAGGAAGUCUGAGCUAUUCAUCAACCUGUGUCAGUUCAAUAACUGGGUUUUUAAAAAAAAAGAUUUCAAAUCUCGAUUUUACAGAUAUUAAAUACUGGUACAUGUACAUUGUAAUACAAACCAUUUACUGGUAAUAUGGCUCAAGUUCAACAAACUUAUUACAUAUGUUCAUGUCAAACUGUUUGUUGAUAAAAGGCUUGAGAAGGAUUUUUCCUCUCAUUUAAACUUUUUAUGGGAUAGAACCUGUAAAAUCUGUUUGAUAAUGAUUUUCAUUGUUACAUGUAUUAAAAAAAAAACCAAUAUAUUUUCUAUCUAAUCAACAACAAAAUCAUGAAGAUGAGAACGUUUAUUUUGCUACUUAGUACAUGUAUAGUCUUUUACAUUAAGUUAAUUUUGCAAAAAAAAAACUUUCUGAAUAUUUAAAUCUUAAAAAUCUACACAGGACAUUUGAUUAUUCACCAUGAAUAUGCAAGUUGAUCUGAAUACUAGCCAAUUAUCAUCUAAAAAUAAUUGCCAAAUAUGGUCCCGUAAUGUGGACACUUUGAAUUCGUGAGGUUUAACUGUUGUAUGUAUAAUAGUAAGGAUGGGGGAAUGUUACAUUUACGAAAAUAAAGUUUUGAAAACAUUA